AUGGCGCACUGUUGCAGUUUCCUCUCGAUGUACGUUAGCAUAGGUCUGAUGGAAACUGAGAUUCUGCAGCCGUGUUCUCUACGAACUGAUCGAUCUUUCUUCGAUUAUUCUCCUUGUUCAUUCAACUCCAGUUGCCUUAGUUAUAUCGCAAGUGCCAUAGGUUUCCCUCUUUCCAUGGAUUCAUUCACUGCAACUAAAACUAGGCCUGAAUUUGUGAAAGUUUGUAUUGAGAUUGGGGCGACUGAUACAGUUCCUAAGUAUAUUGACGUUAUCCUUAACAAUGGUCUAACAGUCACAAUUGUUGUUGAAGUUCCGUGGCUCUCUCCCUAUUGUAACUUCUGUAAAGUGUUUGGUCAUAGUACUAAAGUAUAUAAGCAUAACACAAGUUCUUCCCAAACCUCUACUCUUGUUUGGAGGAAAAAGGACCUUGCCAUCUCUUCUUCUUUGGCUCCAGAGACAGUUAGUACUGAUGAUAAACAGCCUCUUAAUUCUGCAGCAAUUGAAGUGACUGAGCAUAAUCCUUGUAAGGAUAUUGUAGCAGGAAACCUUUUAUCAAUAGACCCGCCCUCUUCUUCUAUCCUGGUUUUAAAGACAUAUUUUAUUGAGGAAGAACGGAACCUAAAUUUUAUAGUUUCCGAUUUGACUGUUAAUCCCUCUUCUAAGGAUAAUGUGGCUGAAGAAACUGCUGAGAUACCUGAUUUGUUAGGUAAAAAUGUUGAUAGCAUUUCAAUCCCAACAACUGGUAAGAAAGGAAGACGAAGGCUACCAAAAGUAAACAAAGGCUUAACAAGUUCUGCCAAUCGUUUCGAUAUUCUGAAUUCAAUUGACGAGGUUCAUCCUUCAUUAGACAAUCAAGAUAAAAAACCUAGAGCAACAACCUCAGGUGUAACUGAACUAAUCAAAGAGCUUAAACUAAAAAAGAAGACUCACAUUGACAAGUCCAAGAGUUAUAUAGUUUGA